AUGCUACCGAAAGCAGAAGGCCGGUGGGAUAGCUUUUGUCGUGGCUUACGUAAGAUAUGCCAAGUGACAGACCUCCACCCUGAAACGAAGGAGCACUUCCGGAGCUACCCUGCUCUGGUCAAUGAACGAAAAAUAAACUUGAUGCGAGGAUGCAAUCUAAUACAUCCGAUGAGUGUAGCCAGCUUGAUCUGGAACUCAAUUAUGGUUGUAGUAAAUCUAUCGCACAUGUUUGUUUCAACUUUAAGAAUAGCCUACGUCAUCGAUCCAGUACAUUUCAGCAGGCACCACUACGUCGAUGAGGCUCUAAUCGUUCUGGAUAUGAUGUGCUGGCUAGAUGUUAUUGUUAAAUUCAAUACAGGUUUCAAGGACAAGUACACUUCAAACAUAGUGAUGGAAAGAAAACGAGUUGCUGGCCGUUAUCUUCGCCGUUGGCUCCUACCAGACUUGAUUUCGAGCAUGCCAAUUGCGUAUAUAAUUUUAAGUCUUCCAGUGAAGAGAACCCGUUGUCUACUGAUUGCUCAUUUUUUACCAUUACUAAGAACGCCGAGAGUGUACACUGCCCUUAUGGAUAUCCAGAUUUUUAUGAAGCUGUUCACGAGCUCAUACAUCUGGCACGGAGCAGUGCAGCUCACUGUCCUGUUCAUGAUGACGACACAUUGGUGCGGUUGCCUUGUCUACCUUCCGACGAUCCUGUUCUAUUAUUGCACCGGAUUUACUUUAUUCCUCGCAUCGGAGCCGGAAGAGUUGAUUGUGCAUGCAUUUAUUAUUCUCUUCUCUACCGUUUUCAUGGUAUAUAUUUUAGUGUUUCUCUUGAAGGUAUACAUGACGCUCUUUAGUUCAACGAUUCGUUACAAUGAAUUGAUGAAUCAAGUUAAAGAGUACAUGCGGCACAAGCAGUUUCCGGUGCCUUUACAAAAACGUGUGAAAACUUUUUACAGUCAGCUCUAUCAGAAGCGAUAUUAUAAAGAAGAGAGCGUUCUUGAAUGUCUUUCGGAGGAACUUCGCAAUGAAAUAACGCUACACACAUGCCGCGUCCUGGUGGAUAAGGUUACGUUAUUCAAGGAUGUGCCGGCAUCAGCAGUGGGCUCAGUACUAGGCUGCUUGAAGCCUGAAGUGUACCUCCCUAAUGACCCUGUGCUCAGGGCUGGUGACGACGGAAAUUGCAUGUACUUUAUUGAUUACGGCACUGUGGCAAUUUAUUCCCUUAAAGGCGUCGAAGUGUGCCAUCUAGAAGAUGGUGCCCAUUUUGGUGAGGUUGCUCUGCUGAUGAGGGACAGCAAACGUUUGGUCACCGUUGUUGCUGUGGAGAUCACGCAACUGUACCGUCUAGAUGAUAUUGAUUUUAGACAAUAUGUGCUUACGAACCAAAUUCUGUUUGAGAGAAUCCAAACCUUGGCUUCGCAGCGGAUGCAUGAAGCAGUACUCGUGGACCGUCAAUUCCAGAGAGACCGAGAAAAAUUCAACGAGAAACCGAUCGAGUUCUCGGAAACAUCAAUUUAA